AAUAAGUAAUAUGUCUAUUUGAUGGUUCCAGUUCAAGUUCUGCUUCGCGAUAUUUGUGCAGGUUACAUGCUACCUAAUAACGAAUUACGAGAGAAAAAUAGCGCAAAAAAAAAUCACCGCAACCGAACGAACAAUAUAAACACCACCUUCGCGUCGAGUCUCGCGUGCAUUGUUCGUUGCAUUUUAUAACUACCUACCUGCAUAAAACUACCUCGUCAUCAUGCUGAGAGUGUGUCUUACUUUGAUCUUGCUAAUCAGCUUCACUGUACAUAUCCGUUGCAAAGAUUUAUUUGAACUGGAGACCGAAUACAACAAAGACAUACCUCCCAGUAACAAUAUGGAAAUCGCUUUAGCAUUAUUUGUCAAUAGAGUUUCAGCGGUUGAAGAAAACAAAGAGGAAAUAUCGUUGGACGUGUUUCUCCAAGUUUACUGGCAAGAUCCGAGAAUCCGCAUCAUAGACAAUAAAACCGACCAGCUCGAGUUGGCUUGGGAUAAAGAUCACAAAUUUUGGGUACCAGAUCUGUACAUAAGACAAUUACGUGAGAUGAGAGUUUUAUCAGUAUUCCAAGAAAUGGCCGCAAUACGACUAUACAGAAACAGCACAUUACGCAUUAGUAUCGGAGCCACAAUAAUCCUAAAAUGCGACAUGGAUUUCCGUUUAUACCCUUUAGACGUUCAAACAUGCGGAGUAGACUUCAGCAGUUAUAAAUAUUCAGCUUCGGAUAUGACAUUCCGGUGGAAAGACGAUUCGCCUUUACGCUUUCCUAGCGAUUUCGCUGAUGGAUGCAGAUUACCCAGAUAUGUGGUGUCGUUUGAAGCUCAACAAAAUCCACAUACCAUAUAUUACGGCGAAAGUAACCAUUCAGCGGCUCGUCUAACUAUUACAUUAAGUCGUGAAAUACGUAGCCAUCUGUUGGAAAGUUAUCUACCCAGCACAUUAUUUGUAAUAAUGUCUUGGGGUAGUUUUGUAGUUAUGCCGGAAGUAGUUCCUGGUCGAAUGGUUCUUCUGGUCACUACCCUUCUUUCGUUGGUUACCAUGUUUGAUACAGUAAGGAACAAUUCGCCCAACGCGUUAGAAUUGAAAUGCAUAGAAGUAUGGAUUAUUUCGUGCACGCUGUUCGUAUUUCUGGCGUUAAUGGAAUAUUUCAUCGUGUUAUUUGGUAUGCGUUACGAUAAGCAUUGGAGACAUCCUAAACAAGAAUUCGACUCGAAAUCAAAUACUCUUAAUAAUUUAUCUUUAUAUGGUAAUCAGAGAGUCGCACCGGUUGAAAAUAAUAUCAUUAUACAAAAUAAAGAUGUUCCUAAUCCUAUUAAUAUUGCUACAACGUUAAAUAAGGAUAAAAAUCAUACGAAGGCUAGGCUACAGCUGAGGUUAUUAACUCAUCAUGCGAUUUUAUACUGCGGUUCUCAAAGAGGGGUCCUCGAUCGUAUAUCGUUAACGUUGUUCCCAUUAUGUUUUUUCAUAUUUUGUUUAAUUUACUGGUUUUCAUACCUAUCUGAAGCCCAAAGGAUAAAGCUAUAAAACGUUAAUAUUACAAUGUUUUUGCAAGAAUGUGUCACGAAUGAAAUUUUUACGAUGAAGGAUUGUAAACAUCCAGUCUUCCAUUUUGAAAAUUUAUUCAAGUUCAAAUACCUAUGUCAAAGAAAAGUCAGCUCAUGUUUUUUAAAUGAGUAAAUAUAUGUGCAUAUUGUACCAAGUUACUCGAGAAUGGUUCUCAUCAGACAUAUUUAGAAUGAGAAAAAUUCGUAUUAUUUUAGUACCAUCAUCUACAAGAACGAGAACCGUGAUUUUUUCGUACCUAUCUCUUUUUUACUUAGUUAUUUGAUUUAUCGAAAUGCAUUUAUUAAUUUACAAUACCUAAACGUAGUGUAUUUUAUUGUGAAUAAAUCGUUUUUCAAAAAAUUUAAUUUUAUUAAUUUAUUGUUAGAACUUGGAAGUGUAUGAAUCAUCAAUAAAAUUACUAUUGGCAGCGUUGGAUAAAUCUGGAUUUCAUCUCCUAGAUCCACUUCU